AUGGGAGGCAUGAAUUAUCACAUCGAGAUUUUAUUCGAGGAUGGAAUCAGCUGGCUCGCACGCAUUCGAAGAUUCAACGCAACUUCUCCACCCCCGGAGCUGCGGGAUUACAUACUGGGCAGUGAAGUCUCAGCCUUGCAAUUCUUACGCAAGACGAAAGUUCCUGUUCCUACGGUUUAUGACUUCAAUCCAGACGAAUCAAACCCUGUCGGUGUUGGUUAUAUUCUUAUGGAGAAGUUGCCUGGGAAACCCUUGCGCUGGUCUCUUACUACCCCACAGCAGAGGCGAAGAGUGACUAGCCAACUUGCAGACAUCUAUAUUGAAUUGAAAAGGUUUCCCUUCUCGGUGAUGGGCUCUUUCAAUCAGCAAAGCUCUUCACAUAUUGGCCCCAUUGCACGAGAGUCUCUGGCUGACUUUCAAGACAUGCAUAUGAGAAUGCUUGGGCCUUACUCGUCUUCAGAAGAAUAUCUCAACGCGCACAUUCGAUUGAUACUGGAUUUGAUAUUACGACAAGAAUCCUACGUCAACCGCCCAGUUGAUGCUUUCCUGAUACACCGUUUCCUUCUAGAAACUGUACCCAAAAUUACUUCAAGAGAUGAUCCCGACGAUGGGAUGUUUUACUUGAAACACGCGGACGAAAAGGGUGACCAUAUCCUUGUUGACAACGACUUCAACAUAACGGGCAUUAUUGAUUGGGAAUGGGCGCAGACAGACUCGAAAGCAGCAGCUUUCAACUCGCCCAUUGUGCUUCUUCCGGUUGGCGAUUUCUACGAAGGGGCUGAUCAUAUCGGUGAAGACGAGGUUUUUUUCGCCGAGUGCUUGGAAGAGAAAGGACAUCCAGAUCUUGGGGAGAUAGUCCGGAAUGGGCGGCUUCUUCAUCGAUUCCAAUUUUGUUGCGGAUAUGACCUUGAUGAUUGGGAUGGAUUCAUUGGGCUCUUUUUCGGGCUACUCAAGACAUUGGGCUUCGAAGGGAAUCCAAACUGGGAAACCUGGAAGGCGGUGUCCUUAGAACGCUAUAGAGAGGAUAAUCAGCUGAAGCAACUCCUCAAUCUGUGCGAAGCCGAAUGA